AUGACGCAUCCGAACUUCGAGUCAAACGGGCAGGCCGGUUCCUCCAACGCAAUCCAAGGGCCUUAUAGUUCUCUAAUUACCCCGUUCCCUCAAGUCCCGCCGAGGCUGCUUCGACCAAGGGACCUUCUCGAAAUUGCUGGAUCACCGCCGCCCCGAUUUGAUUUAUUCAUCUUUCAGAGUUACCAAGAGAAAUUCCUGUUGCAUAAUCGGCAACAACUGAAUAUUAACAGCAACAACAGAUUACCAAAAGAAACAAUCAGCAAUGCUCCUGUUGCAGAAUCAACAACAUCCAACAAAAUCACCAACAGGAAGCAUCUGUCACAGCAACAACUGAGAGGCACCAACGAAGCACCUACUCCAGCAGCAAACACAACAGGAACAGGCAACAACAACAGUAACAUCAUCAACAGAAGCACCUACUCCAGCAACAACAACCCACCAACGGAAGCCUCUGUCGCAGCACCACGACCACCCCAGCCCCACCAUUGCCACCACCACUCCAGCCCCCACCAUUGCCCAACCACCCCAGCCCCACACCAUUGCCCCCACCCCAGCCCCGCCAUUGCCACCACCACUCCAGCCCCACCCACCCCAAGCCCCCACCACUGCCAGCAGCACCCCAGCGCCACGGCAGACGAGACAGCAAACAGCACCCGACCCACCACGCCCACUACCCACGCCGGG